ACAUUGAACACUGGCCUCUACGGAUAUUCACAGACGUCAAGGGUUGGACGAAAUAUAGUGUUCAAUAUUUACGGCAGUGAAAUUUGGAAUUUUAUCAUCAAAACGUUGUUGAGAAAUUUUUUACAUUUAACGAGUGAAAAAUAAAAUUUGGAUACAUAAUUGGAAUCGAUCACCUAUAUCUUUAACCCAGUCGACGACGUCACUGAGAAUUCUGUUUUGUUAAUCGGAAACCCAACCUAAAUCCGUGAAUCAAAUCACCACGUUCCAAGGAUGACCCUCGGUCCUAGAGAGUUCAUGAGGUCCGAGGCGAUGGACGGUUUGACAGGUCCUGCUCAUCCAAUUCCGAAUGAGUUAUUAGAUUGCGGCUGUGGCCAGUUACGGUGUCCCAAAUUGGUGAAGUAUGCAACGAGGAAAUUCUUCGUUGCACUUUUGUGCUGGAUUGGGUUCAUUCAAGCUGUUGCUAAUGCUUAUUUUGGACUGACCAGCGCUACCAUUGCCAGAAGGUUUCAAUUUGAGCCGAAUACUUUGGAAUGGUUAUCACUAGGAACUGACGGUCUCCUUUCAUCCAUCAUCGCGGUGCCAGUGGCCUACUGGGGUGAUAGAAUCCACCGCGCAGCCUGGACAGGCGGUCUCGUAUUAAUCCAAAGUGCUGGUUUCCUUCUCUUCAUUAUCCUUCAUUUUACCCACCCCUCUACCCGAGUAAUCGAGGAGACUACUAAUGUCACACAUCUCUCCCUAUACGCUGAAGACAAUCCGGAGUUGUGCACACCAGCGGGAUUAGCAAGGAUCUCCAUUAUUGAAGAUACCAUGUGUUAUAUGACAUUGACUAUCAUUGUCCUGGCGUUAAUUGUCAAUUCCAUAGGAAAUGCAGCAUUUUUUGCACUGGGAAUUUCUUAUUUGGAUGAUAACACGAGAAGACGAAACGUUGCACUUCCCAUUGCCAUAAUUUUGGGUGUUAGAAUUUUUGGAUUGUUGUUUGGACAUUUGUUGGCUUGGGGAUGUCUUCGGGUAGAUGCUGAGAAUUUGAUGGAAACCGUCGAAAGCUACCGAGAACAACUUGGAGCCUGGUGGCUUGGAUGGGUCGUUUUAGCCAUUUUGCUGGCUAUUCCCGGAGUUCCUAUGUCCUGGUUACCUCGCCGACUUCCAUCUCAGGUAAUCGAGCAAGCUGCAGCAUCAAUUGUAUCAGAACGUAUCGGCAGAAGGAGCCCUCUGUCGGAGUCGUCCUUAUCAGACGAAUCCCGAAAAGUUGGCGAUGCUGGUUACCUUUCCUCCCUCUAUCGUCUGUGGACGAACAAAAUUCUGAUUUGCAAUAUUUUCGCAAGUGUUUUCUGUGUCAUUGCUGUUGUUAACUUUACACAUAACGAGGACAUUAUUCUGGAGUCAGAUUUCUACAUUCCGCGACCUUCGGGAGUGUUCUUGGGAUUCGGUGAUCCCCUCACUUCCCGAAUAAUUGCACUGCUUCUGAGACCGGUCAUCAUUGCCGCAGUCAUCAUCAUUUCUGGAACCGUCGUCAUCAAAUUUCGACCUCGAGUCAAGUGGUUGGCUGGUUACAACGUAAUUGCUGUGAUAAUUGCUGCGACAAUCAUCCUGUCUUUGGCAUUUUUAUCCUGUGAUAAAGCUGCGAUUGCCGGAGUCAAUCAAAAGAGAUCGGUCAGUCUCUUGAGAUACUGUAAUAAGGACUGUCGCUGUUCUUCCGAUGCAAAUUUUCAUCCAAUAUGUGACAGCAAAAGUUCUCUCAUAUUCUACACUCCCUGUCAUGCUGGAUGCACUGGUGUGGAUGAUUCUGAAGACAUUCGCAAAUAUACAAAUUGCAAUUGCAUCAGAGAAAUCACCGGGUUGACUGAUAUAACGGCCACCCAAGGUGCUUGUGAUUCAACGACAUGUCAAAUUGGAUGGAUUGUGUUUGAGGUGAGCACCAUCAUCGCCUAUUCUCUCAUCUCAUCCACUGCAGUCUCGACCCUCCUAAUCGGUCUGCGCUCGACCUACAUUCAAGACAAAGCCUUAGCUAUCGGUUUGUGGAUGUCCUUGACUGCUUUCUUCACUUACAUACCAGGAAAACUCCUCUACUGGCUGGUUGCCCAAAAAACCUGCAUUCAUCGUGGAGCAACUUCAUCCCUCUGUUUACUCCACGAUUCGCAGACUCUUGGAGCCUACCUCGCUUACCUGACCAGUUUUCUCCUCCUCAUUGCCGUUGUCUUUGGAGUAUUAACAUUCUUCUUCAGUCAGAAAUUGAAGAUCUAUCGGGAAUCCGAAAUAGAUCGAUACGGUUCUUACCCGAGACCGGAACAAAGAACUCCUUUGAUGAUAGAACCACAUCCUGCUCCCCAAACACGUCCAGAUGAACCUGAAGAGACGCGUGGGAAUUCAACUGAGGAGACGACCACUGCCACCACCAGCGAUCGACCAGUUACGAAUGAUAACGAUCAGAGGAACGAGCCAACUUCGACUGCAGAAGAUGGCCAAACGGUCAAAACUCCACGAAAAGUGAAUGGUCCUCUUAUGUACGGCCCUCUUGGCCCUGGAAAUCCCAGAAUUACGAUGAAGGAUUUGAGUGAAGUGAAAUUAAAACCCAUAAGUGACACCGAUGAUACAGAAGAUGAGGAUUCGUUCGUAGACAGACGAGCUCCAAUAUCUUUGACGUCGAUACAGUACAAACGUUUGGAGUUACACUCUGAUGCUGAAACGAGUGAUUCUAGUCCUGAAGGACGAAGAAAAAUUAUGUCUCUUCGAGCGUCAGCGCUUCAACUUUCUGGAAAACCUGAUGGUGAGAGGACUCCGCAAUCAGCAGGAAAUACACUCGCUGGAUUUUCGAAGACUAAUGACAUAGAAUUUACAAGGUGGGAGAAAGAUAGGAAAAAAGAAAGACCUUAUACUGGUGAUUUCAAUGAGGUCGGAAUCCCCAUUGUCAACUACAUGUUGACUUCGGUUAGUUCGAAGAGCAUUGCAUCAGCUCUGAAUCCGCCCACGUUCUUGGAGGAUCCUGUCGUGUCAAAAAUUGGAGAUAAUAAUUUUAAGUUACAAGAUAUAUCCAGAGAAGUGAGUAGAGGAUUAUCACCUACAGAGCACGCUUCCUCGGGCUUUGGAUCAUGUGCUUCGGAUUUGCAUAAAACGGUCAAUGAAUCAUCAGUUGCAACACCAGUUUUGGAAACCUCUGAGACUGAAAAUUCUAGUACCAAAUCUAGUAUUUCAACGGGCAGAAGACGAACAAAACCUUCAUAUACUACGGCCCUCUAAUUUCCUAUUUUUAUUUUGUAUUUUUUAAAAACACAUCCUUCAUUUUACCCUAAUAAUUUACUUCGAAAUAAGCCUGACAUAUGAUUUCAUAUUCAUAAGAAAAUGAAACGUAUAAAACCAUGAGA